AUGCCGGAGAGUCUCGAGCAUAUUGACAAAAAUGCAUCGAAAGAGCAGAAAUACAAACAGGUUCUUACUGAAAUCAAGAGCUUAGUUCAAUAUGAAAAGGAUUUGAUUGCAAAUCUUGCGAACAUCAGCGCAGUACUCAAAGAAAUCUUCGCAUUUUGGUGGGUCGGAUUUUAUCUAGUUAAAGAUAAUCAAUUGGUCCUUGGCCCAUUUCAAGGUCCAUUAGCAUGUACAAGGAUUCAAUUGAACAAAGGUGUUUGCGGCACGAGCUGGGCUCAACGACAGACUAUUUUAGUGCCGAAUGUUCAUCAAUUCCCAGGCCAUAUUGCUUGCUCGUCAGCUUCCUUGUCGGAAAUUGUUGUCCCAAUUAUUCGCCGAACAUCGUCGAACGAUGAACAAGGACAAGUGUUAGGUGUACUGGAUGUUGACAGUGAAUUUGAGAAUCAUUUCGAUGAAAUUGAUCAACGUUAUCUUGAACAAUUGGUUCUUUUACAAAUGAUUUAUCACAUCUUCACCUUCGGUUUGCUUACUCUACCGGUGCUUCUAACAGAACCUAUUAUUGCUAAUUCGUACGGACCAGUUUCACCACCAUCAUAUAAUUAUUAUGCAUAUCAACCAUCUCAACAGCAACAACAACAACAACAACAGCCACAAACACCUUCACCUUAUUUGAAUAAGCGGAAUCCGAAUAAUGAUCCUUACUCAAACUCUCAACAGUCAUAUUCAUCCAUAGCAACAACUUAUGGUUCUGCUGGUUCGAAGACAUCAGCAUCCAAGCAGUGUAAAUUACAUAUCAAUUGUCCAAAUGCAAGAAAUCGAGUGACACUUGAUAUUCAAGGACCGGCAGGCCCGCCUGGUCCACCAGGAAAACAAGGCAUGCAAGGACCAAGUGGUCCGCCCGGAUUGCCCGGCCCACCAGGCCGUGACGGUCACUCGAAUAUCAAGUCUGCUUUUUUUGUCGCAUUGAAUAACACCUACUCUUUGCAAGCAGAUUCGUCUAUAAUCGUUUGGGAUGAUAUUUUACUAAACAAGAAUUAUCAUUUAAAUAGAACAACAGGUAUCUACUAUGCCCCAAUCAACGGUCUCUAUGAAUUUAGUUUAACUGUUUGUGUGCCGGCAAAUCAUAUCGCAUCUGUCUCUCUAUGUAAAAAUACGGAAAAUGUUGUUCCGCUAUGGGUCGAGGGUUAUUUAACAGCUGUUAAGAAUCAGAAAGUACCCGUUUGGAAUACGGCGUCGACAACUGUGGUUUUAUUUUUGAAUCGAGGCGAUCGAAUAUACAUUCGUGCCCAAUCCCGUAAUGAUGCUGACUAUAAUUUCAAAACAUCCCUAUAUGGUUGGCGAUAUACUACAUUUGGUGGAUUUCUAAUUCACGAAGACAAUUAA